ACUCUAAGCGGAGAAUCUGGUGCUGGUAAGACUGUAAACACCAAGCGAGUCAUUCAGUACUUUGCCAUUGUCGCAGCCUUGGGCGACACACCCGGCAAGAAAUUAGCAGCUCUUGCCACUAAAACUGGGGGCACCCUCGAAGAUCAAAUCAUUGAGGCUAACCCAGCUAUGGAAGCUUUUGGCAAUGCCAAAACCAUAAGAAAUGACAACUCCUCCCGUUUUGGCAAGUUCAUCCGGAUCCACUUCGGCCCCUCCGGGAAGUUGGCCUCUGCGGACAUUGACAUCUAUCUUCUGGAAAAAUCCAGAGUGAUUUUCCAGCAGCCCAAAGAGCGAAGCUACCACAUCUACUACCAGAUCCUCUCUGGGAAGAAACCAGAGCUGCAAGAUAUGCUGCUGCUCUCCCUCAACCCCUAUGACUACCACUUCUGUUCCCAGGGGGUGACAACUGUGGACAACCUGGAUGAUGGCGAGGAGCUCAUGGCAACAGAUCAUGCCAUGGACAUCUUGGGCUUCAGCAAUGAUGAGAAAUAUGGCUCCUAUAAAAUCGUGGGGGCUAUCAUGCACUUUGGCAACAUGAAGUUCAAGCAGAAGCAGCGAGAGGAGCAGGCAGAGGCUGAUGGCACUGAAAGUGCUGACAAAGCUGCCUACCUGAUGGGAAUCAGCUCAGCUGACCUCAUCAAAGGGCUGCUCCAUCCUCGGGUCAAAGUGGGCAAUGAGUAUGUGACCAAAGGUCAGAAUGUGGAACAGGUGCUGUAUGCUGUGGGAGCCCUGGCUAAAGCCACCUACGAUCGCAUGUUCAAGUGGUUGGUGACAAGGAUCAACAAGACCCUGGACACCAAGCUGGCCAGGCAGUUCUUCAUUGGAGUGUUGGACAUUGCAGGCUUCGAGAUUUUUGAUUUCAACAGCUUUGAGCAGCUGUGCAUCAACUUCACCAAUGAGAAGCUGCAGCAGUUCUUCAACCACCACAUGUUUAUCCUGGAGCAGGAAGAAUACAAGAAGGAAGGCAUUGAAUGGGUCUUCAUUGACUUUGGCCUGGAUCUGCAGGCCUGCAUUGACCUGAUUGAGAAGCCAAUGGGAAUCCUGUCCAUCCUUGAAGAGGAGUGCAUGUUCCCCAAAGCCUCUGACAUGACGUUCAAAGCUAAGCUCUACGACAACCACAUCGGGAAGUCGCCCAACUUCCAGAAGCCGCGGCCGGAUAAGAAGCGGAAAUACGAGGCCCACUUUGAGGUGGUGCACUAUGCUGGUGUGGUGCCAUACAACAUCGUUGGGUGGCUGGACAAGAACAAGGACCCUCUGAACGAGACAGUGGUGUCUGUCUUCCAAAAAUCCCAAAACAAGCUCCUGGCCUCCCUCUAUGAGAACUAUGUGAGCUCUACUUCAGAGGAGCCUCACAAGCCAGGGACCAAGGAGAAACGUAAAAAGGCAGCUUCUUUCCAAACAGUGUCACAGCUGCACAAGGAGAAUCUCAACAAGCUGAUGACCAACCUGCGCUCCACUCAGCCCCACUUUGUCCGCUGCAUCAUCCCCAACGAGACAAAGACCCCAGGAGCCAUGGAUUCCUUCCUGGUGCUGCACCAGCUGCGCUGUAACGGUGUCCUCGAAGGAAUCCGCAUCUGCCGCAAGGGAUUUCCCAACAGGAUCCUCUACGCAGACUUCAAGCAGCGUUACCGUAUCCUGAAUCCAGCAGCCAUUCCAGAAGACAAGUUCGUGGACAGCAGGAAGGCCACGGAGAAGCUGCUGAGCUCCCUGGAACUGGACCGUGCACAGUACAAGUUUGGUCAUACCAAGGUGUUUUUCAAGGCUGGUUUGCUGGGCUUGCUGGAGGAGAUGCGAGAUGAGCGUCUGGCCAAGAUCCUGACUAUGCUGCAGGCCAGAAUUCGUGGGCACCUCAUGCGUGUGGAGUAUCAGAAGAUCAUCAGCAGGAGGGAAGCCCUCUAUACCAUCCAGUGGAACAUCCGGGCCUUCAACGCUGUCAAGAACUGGUCCUGGAUGAAGCUGUUCUUCAAGAUCAAACCUUUACUCAAGUCUGCUCAGACUGAGAAGGAAAUGUCCAACCUGAAGGAGGAGUUCCAGAAGAUGAAAGAGGCUCUGGAGAAGUCUGAGGCUAAAAGGAAGGAGCUGGAAGAGAAGCAGGUCUCCAUGAUCCAGGAGAAGAAUGACCUGGCUCUCCAGCUACAGGCAGAGCAAGACAACCUGGCAGAUGCAGAGGAACGCUGUGACCUGCUGAUCAAGUCCAAGAUCCAGCUGGAGGCCAAGGUGAAGGAGCUGAUGGAGCGUGUGGAGGAUGAGGAGGAGAUGAACUCAGAGCUCACAGCCAAGAGGCGCAAGCUGGAGGAUGAGUGUGCAGAGCUGAAGAAGGACAUUGAUGACCUAGAGAUCACACUGGCCAAGGUGGAGAAGGAGAAGCAUGCCACAGAGAACAAGGUUAAAAACCUGAUUGAGGAGAUGGCUGCUCUGGAUGAGGUCAUUGCCAAGCUGACAAAGGAGAAGAAAGCCCUGCAAGAGGCCCAUCAGCAGGCUCUGGAUGACCUGCAGGCUGAGGAAGACAAGGUCAACACACUGACCAAAGCCAGGGUCAAACUGGAGCAGCAAGUGGAUGAUCUGGAAAGCUCACUUGAGCAAGAAAAGAAGGUCCGCAUGGACCUGGAAAGAGCAAAGAGGAAGCUUGAAGGAGACCUGAAGCUGACACAAGAGUCUGUAAUGGAUCUGGAGAAUGACAAACAGCAGCUGGAGGAGAAACUCAAGAAGAAAGACUUUGAAAUGAGUCAGCUGAAUUCAAGGAUUGAAGAUGGGCAAGUGACUGAGGCCCAGCUGCAAAAGAAGAUCAAGGAGGUCCAGGCCCGUGUUGAGGAGCUGGAGGAGGAGCUGGAGGCCGAACGUGCAGCCAGAGCCAAGGUGGAGAAGCAGCGUGCGGAGGUGUCGCGGGAGCUGGAGGAGCUGAGUGAGAGGCUGGAGGAGGCUGGUGGGACAACAGCCACACAGCUGGAGAUGAACAAGAAGAGGGAGGCAGAAUUCCUGAAGCUGAGGCGGGACCUGGAGGAGGCAACCCUGCAGCACGAGGCCAUGGCAGCUGCCCUGAGGAAGAAGCACGCGGACAGCGUGGCCGAGCUGAGCGAGCAGAUCGACAACCUGCAGCGCGUCAAGCAGAAGCUGGAGAAGGAGAAGAGUGAGAUGAAGAUGGAGGUGGAUGACCUGUCUUCCAACGUUGAAUACGUCACCAAGAACAAGGCCAAUGCUGAGAAGCUGUGCCGCACCUAUGAGGACCAGCUGAACGAGGCCAAGUGCAAAGUGGACGAGCUGCAGCGACAGCUGAGCGACGUGAGCACACAGCGGGGCAGGCUGCAGACUGAGAAUGGGGAGCUUACUCGGCUGCUGGAGGAGAAGGAGUCCUUCAUCAAUCAGCUGAGCCGUGGCAAGAUCUCAUUCACUCAGAGCAUUGAGGAACUCAAAAGGCAGCUGGAGGAAGAGACCAAGAGCAAGAAUGCCCUGGCCCAUGCCCUGCAAGCCUCCCGGCACGACUGUGACCUGCUGCGGGAGCAGUACGAGGAGGAGGUGGAGGCCAAGAGUGAGCUCCAGAGGAACUUGUCCAAGGCCAAUGCUGAAGUGGCCCAGUGGAGAACCAAGUAUGAGACUGAUGCCAUCCAGAGGACUGAGGAGCUGGAGGAAGCCAAGAAGAAGUUGGCCACCCGGCUGCAGGAGGCAGAGGAGGCUGUAGAGGCUGCCCACGCCAAGUGCUCGUCGCUGGAGAAGACCAAACAUCGGCUGCAGACCGAGAUCGAGGACCUCUCGGUGGACCUGGAACGUGCCAACUCAGCCUGUGCUGCCCUGGACAAGAAGCAGCGCAACUUCGACAGGAUCCUGGCUGAGUGGAAGCAGAAGUAUGAGGAGACCCAGGUGGAGCUGGAGGCAUCUCAGAAGGAGUCACGCAGCCUGAGCACGGAGCUCUUCAAGCUCAAGAAUGCCUAUGAGGAGUCUCUGGACAACUUGGAGACCCUCAAGAGGGAGAACAAGAACCUGCAGGAGGAAAUUGCUGAUCUGACUGACCAGAUUGGUCUGGGUGGCAAAACCAUCCAUGAGCUGGAGAAGGUGAAGAAAGUCCUGGAGAGUGAGAAGAAUGAUAUCCAGGCAGCUCUGGAAGAGGCUGAGGGAGCCCUGGAGCACGAGGAGAGCAAGACUCUGCGCAUCCAGCUGGAGCUGAACCAGAUCAAGGCUGAGAUGGACAGGAAGCUGGCGGAGAAGGACGAGGAGUUUGAGAACCUGAGGCGCAACCACCAGCGCGCCAUGGACUCCAUGCAGGCCACG